CCCCCCGCAGUUCAUCUCUAAUUCCUUGCCUUGAAAUUGCGCCGACAUGCUUACUAACAAAUGGGGUUUCUUUUUCUUUGUCUCUCUCCACAACUAAGAAACUACUCCACCACCUGCUUCUCUUUCAUUUUACUACUCCCACUCUUGUGAGGAACUACUUGAUACUUGGAAUUUAGUUGAUCAGUUUGAGAAAUUAGGAUGGCCAUGCAAACUCUGUAUCUUAAAGAACAUGAUGGAAAUGUGCAUGAUCCCAUGGGGCAGUUGGCACAGGUACCAUCACAGCCUUGGUGGACUGCCCUUAGAUCUCAGGCGUCCAUUUAUGCAGAAUCUUGUGGCCAAUUGAAGCCCUUGUUGAUGGAACAUCCUUCUAAUGGAGACCAACUCCCUUGUACUAAACAAGCUGAACAAGGAGCGAGCAAAGGGCAUCCUGCUCACUUCUCCAUAUUCCCCGGUGAUGGCAAAAGCUCAGGGGAUGCACAGAAACCUCAGGCCGUCCUGCAAUCGGCUACAUCUGAACAGCAUACUCGCUUUGAACUAGGAUUUGGACGGCCAAUGGUCUGUGCAAAAUACCCUUACAUGGAUCAAUGCUAUGAAAUUUUCUCAACCUAUGGACCUCCGGUUCCGGGGCGUGUUAUGCUGCCACUGAACUUGGCAUCAGAGAAUGGACCAAUCUAUGUAAAUGCUAAGCAGUACAAUGGAAUCAUGAGGCGUCGGCAAUCCCGUGCAAAGGCUGCUCUCGAGAAUAAACUCACUAAAGCUCGGAAGCCAUAUAUGCACUACUCUCGCCAUCUGCACGCAAUGCGUCGACCAAGGGGAUGCGGUGGCCGUUUCUUGAACACGAAAACUUCUAACGUAACGGAGAUAAAGACAGCCGGCGAAGGACAAAUUUUUCACCCUACAGGCUCACAAAACUCCGAGGUCCUGCAAUCCGACAGUGGAACCUUGAACUCAUCCAAGGAAGCCAUAGGAGGAGGCUGGACACUUUCGGGUUCAGAAGUGACCAGCAUGUAUUCAAGGGAAGAACUUGGGAACAAUUUCCCAAUCAAUCAUCUUGGACUGUCUUUCCACUCUUUCCCUGUGAUGAUGGACAACGGGCGUCGCUCGGUUAUGCCCGACAGGUGGGUUGCACCUACAGAUCACGUCUGCUGCAACCUGAAAGUUUGGUACCGAGGGAUUAGCUUCUCUCUGGAAGCAACCGGAUUGAACUGUGGUUGCAUUAGCUGUUAGGGUUUGUGCAACAGGUUUUGGUUGCUAGGCAAAUCAUUCUUGGCUUAUCUUUUACUUAAAGCUCUUCUUUACUAUGUCCUGGAAGCAGCACUGAUAUCUUGGAGUGGUGUGGAAGAUGCUAAGAACAUUAUUAUAUGUAGGAAAUGUUGGAUCAGACUAUAAAUAGAAGUGGUUUUUACUGAUCCAAUAUAAACUUUGAAA